AUGGAUCCUAUCCGCAACCAGCAAAGGACUGGUGCAACGAGCGCGGCAUCUUCCAGCAGAGCAUAUCCGGUUGCUUCGUGGAGUUCUUUUUCGUCCACUGCCUCACCGGUAGGAAGCUUGUCACAGACGCCUGUGCAAGUGGAGCACAGGCCUGGAGGCUCAGUCGUUGGAUGGCCUGGGACUGCGCAGGCAGCCAGGCUUGCAUUCACGCCACCGCAGCCCAGAAGCUUUCCAUGGCCUUGCGUGAUGUCUCCUGUUGCAGUGGCAAGUGGAAGAGUCUUGGUGCAUACACCGCCUUCCUCGAGCACUGGUGAUGCAGACUCUCCGAAUCCUGGCUGUUUAACGCCGAGUCGACAGGUGGUCUGCACUGUGGCUCGUCAGACCACUCCUGCACCGCCAAGCACCAUGAGUUUCACUGCUGCUCGAGGGCUCAUUGCAACACAGGCCGUACCUGGCAUCACUAUGUCGGUCGGCACUUUAAGCAGCCAAAGCACAGGACGCACACCCGAAAUUGUUUUCUUGGCCUGCCUUUGA